AUUAUAAAAAUUGUCUGCUAUUUUGAGUAUCAUGUUGGAGAUGAAGAUAUUGAUGCGGAUAAAAUACAUAACAUGCAAUGGAAUUUCAUCACCUACUGUUACGCGUGAAGUUUUCUGGCGCCAUUUGACAUCUGAUUCGCGGCGCUUAAGUUACUUAAUGUUCCUGUAAAAACAUAGAAGUUUAAUUCAAAAAAUAAUUGUACGAUGACAUGGCACUGCAAUGGGACUACAAAUCAAGAGAUGAUUGACAAAUUAAAAGAAGCUAAAAUUCUAACAUCUGACACUGCAGAAGCGGCAAUGAUAGCAAUCGACCGCGGAAAAUACUGCCACGAGCCAGAUCCUUAUUUAGAUCGUCCCCGAAGAAUAGGAUACAACGUAACAAUCAGUGCUCCACACAUGCAUGCAUACGCUUUGUCCUUCCUGAGCGAUCAACUGAAAACAGGAGCACGUGCGUUGGACGUCGGAUCUGGUUCUGGCUACCUGACAGCCUGUAUGGCGAACAUGGUCGGCCCAAAGGGCCGCGUUAUUGGCAUUGAACAUAUUCCCGAGUUGAUUGAAAUAUCAAUAAAAAAUAUUCAGAAGGAUUGUCCGAAUUUUAUCGAGGAAGGACGCAUUAAAUUCGUUGAGGCGGAUGGAAGGGAAGGAUAUCCAACUGAUAGUCCCUACGAUGCUAUUCACGUUGGUGCUGCUGCUGAUUUUGUACCUGAGCAAUUAAUUGAACAAUUAGCACCAGGCGGUCGCAUGAUCAUACCCGUGGUAGCAAUGGAAGGAUUUCAAAAAUUUCAGGAUCUCUUGCAAGUGGACAAACAUCAAGAUGGAUCUAUUACUCAAACGAAAUUGAUGCACGUUUCUUAUGUGCCAUUAACAGACCCUACGAGUCAAUUACAAAAUUAGAUAAUUAAAUAUUUUAAUUUUUUUUUUUUAUACAAAAUAAUUAAAUUAGCAAAGUAGAAAAUUUUAAUUAUUUU